AUGGUCGGCUACUCCGUGGAGGUGUCAGAAAGAUGUAUACCGUGCCUGGAUUUGACGGUUUUAUUGCGGGCAAAAAGAAAACAGCAAGAAUUGAGUUUCACACUAGACAGAAGACAGCAAGAAUUGAGUUUCACACUAGACAGAAGACAGCAAGAACUGAGUUUCACACUAGACAGAAGACAGCAAGAAUUGAGUUUCACACUAGACAGAAGACAGCAAGAAUUGAGUUUCACACUAGACAGAAGACAGCAAGAAUUGAGUUUCACACUAGACAGAAGACAGCAAGAAUUAAGUUUCACACUAGACAGAAGACAGCAAGAAUUGAGUUUCACACUAGACAGAAGACAGCAAGAACUGAGUUUCACACUAGACAGAAGACAGCAAGAAUUGAGUUUCACACUAGACAGAAGACAGCAAGAACUGAGUUUCACACUAGACAGAAGACAGCAAGAACUGAGUUUCACACUAGACAGAAGACAGCAAGAACUGAGUUUCACACUAGACAGAAGACAGCAAGAAUUGAGUUUCACACUAGACAGAAGACAGCAAGAACUGAGUUUCACACUAGACAGAAGACAGCAAGAACUGAGUUUCACACUAGACAGAAGACAGCAAGAAUUGAGUUUCACACUAGACAGAAGACAGCAAGAACUGAGUUUCACACUAGACAGAAGACAGCAAGAAUUGAGUUUCACACUAGACAGAAGACAGCAAGAAUUGAGUUUCACACUAGACAGAAGACAGCAAGAAUUGAGUUUCACACUAGACAGAAGACAGCAAGAAUUGAAUUUCACACUAGACAGAAGACAGCAAGAACUGAGUUUCACACUAGACAGAAGACAGCAAGAACUGAGUUUCACACUAGACAGAAGACAGCAAGAACUGAGUUUCACACUAGACAGAAGACAGCAAGAAUUGAGUUUCACACUAGACAGAAGACAGCAAGAAUUGAGUUUCACACUAGACAGAAGACAGCAAGAAUUGAGUUUCACACUAGACAGAAAACAGCAAGAAUUGAGUUUCACACUAGACAGAAGACAGCAAGAAUUGAGUUUCACACUAGACAGAAGACAGCAAGAAUUGAGUUUCACACUAGACAGAAGACAGCAAGAACUGAGUUUCACACUAGACAGAAGACAGCAAGAAUUGAGUUUCACACUAGACAGAAGACAGCAAGAAUUGAGUUUCACACUAGACAGAAGACAGCAAGAAUUGAGUUUCACACUAGACAGAAGACAGCAAGAACUGAGUUUCACACUAGACAGAAGACAGCAAGAACUGAGUUUCACACUAGACAGAAGACAGCAAGAAUUGAGUUUCACACUAGACAGAAGACAGCAAGAAUUGAGUUUCACACUAGACAGAAGACAGCAAGAAUUGAGUUUCACACUAGAGAGAAGACAGCAAGAAUUGAGUUUCACACUAGACAGAAGACAGCAAGAAUUGAGUUUCACACUAGACAGAAGACAGCAAGAACUGAGUUUCACACUAGACAGAAGACAGCAAGAAUUGAGUUUCACACUAGACAGAAGACAGCAAGAAUUGAGUUUCACACUAGACAGAAGACAGCAAGAAUUGAGUUUCACACUAGACAGAAGACAGCAAGAACUGAGUUUCACACUAGACAGAAGACAGCAAGAACUGAGUUUCACACUAGACAGAAGACAGCAAGAAUUGAGUUUCACACUAGACAGAAGACAGCAAGAAUUGAGUUUCACACUAGACAGAAGACAGCAAGAAUUGAGUUUCACACUAGACAGAAGACAGCAAGAACUGAGUUUCACACUAGACAGAAGACAGCAAGAACUGAGUUUCACACUAGACAGAAGACAGCAAGAAUUGAGUUUCACACUAGACAGAAGACAGCAAGAAUUGAGUUUCACACUAGACAGAAGACAGCAAGAACUGAGUUUCACACUAGACAGAAGACAGCAAGAACUGAGUUUCACACUAGACAGAAGACAGCAAGAACUGAGUUUCACACUAGACAGAAGACAGCAAGAAUUGAGUUUCACACUAGACAGAAGACAGCAAGAAUUGAGUUUCACACUAGACAGAAGACAGCAAGAAUUGAGUUUCACACUAGACAGAAGACAGCAAGAAUUGAGUUUCACACUAGACAGAAGACAGCAAGAAUUGAGUUUCACACUAGACAGAAGACAGCAAGAACUGAGUUUCACACUAGAGAGAAGACAGCAAGAAUUGAAAGAGUUGUCACACUAG